AUCCUACUAAUGCACCAAACUAAAAAACAACACAUACUCUCUUCUACACCAAAAAGUGAAGUCCACUAGUUCUCACUCCUCUCCACUUCGAAGCACGCUUCUUAUAUUACUACGGUCUCUUUUCGAUCAUUGCCUUCUCACAUGAGGAGAAAUCGAGUAUAUAGUUCCACCACCCACACAUAUUAGUUUACAAAAUCUCCUUUAUCUUUCCCAUGUUCAAGUCUUCUGUUCGUGGCUCAAAUUUCAGAAAUGAGUCUUGAAGAUAAUGGACCCUUCUCCACAGAUAAGCAAACCCCAUUUCUCAAGUUCUUUGAUUGUAUCCUGAGGAUUUCUGCAGUCCCAUUGAGUGUUGCCACCAUCUGGUUGACCAACACCGACCAGCAAGACAACAGCAGCUAUGGGAAGAUAGAGUCCCAAAAUUUCCUGGGGCUCAAGUACAUGGUUUGGAUCAGUGGGAUAUGUGCUGCUUAUGCUUUUGCUUCCGCCGCCUGUAACUUGCUCAAGUUCUUGGUGGCUAAAGCAUGGCUUUUCUUUAUCCCUGACCAGAUCAUGGCCUAUUUGAUGGUCACAUCUGGGGCAGCAGUGCUAGAGAUACUGUAUCUGGCUUACAAAGGGGAUCGAGGGGUCACCUGGAGUGAAGCCUGCAUUUCUUAUGGGAGGUUUUGCAGUAAAGUGAAGCUGGCUCUGAUCCUGCAUUUCCUAGCACUUUGCUGCUUCCUUGUUCUGGCAGUAAUAUCGGGCUAUAGGGCUUUUAGCAUCUUUGAGCCUCCGCCUGUUUCGCCUAAAGAAGUGGAAGAAGAGAGAGCUUAAUGCCUGCUUUUACCUUGGGCCCUUGGAUGAUGUACUGCAUGAGAAGCUACUUUAUAAUAACAACUCAGCCUUUUAUAUCCUA